AUGGCGGGCCGAGGCGGCGCCCCGCCGCCGCCAACUGACUGUCCGCCGGCCGCCCCAUGCAGAUGGAGGAGUUGCUGCCGGGCCCCCUGCGCACGGCCGCGGCACGACGCCGCGCGCCCGGGCGCGGGCCGCACGUCGCCGGGCGAGGCGGCGGCGGCGCCCUGGCCUGCGCACGGGCUGCACCGCGGCCGCCCCAGCCCCGAAGCCACGGGGACCUGCUACCGGGCCCAUCCCCGGGCCCCCCGGCCUCCCGGCCUGCCCCCUGGGGGCGUGCCGCCGCCCCCGUGCGCGCCGCGCGUCCUGCACGCGCCCGGCCACGCCGCGCCCGGCUCCAGCGAGUGGGGCGACAUCGAGCUCGACAUUCGACAGCACAUCCAGCAAUGCUCCUGCACCUGCAACCACAUGGGAUACGGGAACUUUAUGGAUUAUCAGGUAGGUAUGCAAGGAAAAAUCUAA